UUCAAGGUUUGGGAGGAGGCGGCUGGACACAAUGUGAUCUUUAGACCGAAACUGUAGAAUCUCCAGAAAAAGAAUCCAAUGUCUCGAAUUAAGAGAGAGAUAGUUACCUUCCUUAACAUUCUACUCAAAGACCUUCAGUGAUUUCAAUGGAUUGCUGGACACUAGAAAACCUUCAUUAAAAAUAAAUGAAAAUACGUCGGAUCAUUUUCUGGAGGUAUCUGAAGAGUUAUCUACUAUUAAAUCUUUACUUAGCGUGAUUUUCUUGAGAAGUUUGCAAAGAGGAAUCUCACCGUUGGCGAUUUGGAAUUUUAAAUACAAAAUACAUUUGGAUUUUACCGAUCUACUCUCAUGACAGUUUGGUUUCGAAUUAUUCUUUUAACUGUUCUGCUUGAGUUAUGGCUUCAAGUAUUGAUGUCCUCCACAGAAAUGGUCGAAGUUCCAAUAAUUGGACGAAAAACUCAAAGAAUUGUAUCGAGAGUUACUCGAGGACUGAGAUUACACAAAAGACAACUUGGACGAUUCACUCAACAUUUGAAACCUGCAAAAGAAAUCGAUCCUAUACCUGAAGGACCUAAGGUUCGUAUGCCUAGAAUAUCAGCUGAUGAGAUGAAAAAAUAUAUAGAACAAGCUUCAGAAGUGGUACGAGUAAGAAUGGAAAGUACAGAACCAAGCAUUUACAGAAGUGGAGCUAUUCAGAAGCCUGGAACAUCUGAAUGGUAUGCUUCAGCUAUAUCCAGAUUAAAAAGCGCUGCUAAAAAUUAUUCUCGAAUGGCAUUGAUUGCUGAAGAGGCAACGAGAAGGAUAGCGAACGUGUAUGAGCUAAGUAAAGACCAGGUUUCCUAUGGUCUACCUACUGCUGAUAUAAGAGGUACUGUUUUAAGUACUAACUGUCCCUUUGAAGUCAAUUUUCCUUGUCAACCAAGAAAGUACAGAGCAUUUAGCGGCUUUUGCAACAACGUGCAAAAUCCAAGUUGGGGAAAUUCAAACAGACGAUUCGUCAGAUUUUUGGCCCCUGAUUAUGCAGAUUCUGUCGCUCUACCCCGUCAAUCUCUGAAUAACGAAUUUUUACCCAGCUCCCGUGAAGUCAGUAUGACAGUACAUACCGAUUCAGACAGACCUCACACACAUGUAACAGCAAUUUUGGCAAUAUUUGGAGAGUUUGUUUACCAUGAUUUGUCUCAUGUAGCUCAAGCUGGAGGUUUUCAAGGAAGCCGGAUAAAAUGUUGCGGAGUAGAAAGAAGCCAAUUCCAUCCAGAAUGUUAUCCAAUUCGUAUACCACAAACAGAUCCUGUAUUUGGACGUCGAAAUCAAAACUGUAUGGAAUACACUAGGACUUGUUCGGCUCCUCGUAUUGGUUGUACGCUAGGACCCAGGGAACAAAUUAAUCAAGUAACCUCUUUUCUGGAUGCAUCUGUUAUUUACGGGUCUUCAGUUGAAGAAGCUAACUUAUUGAGGACUUUCAGAGGUGGAGAGUUGAAAUCUCAAAGAACAUCAGUGGGUCGAGAGCUAUUACCUCCUGAUAAUGAGCAAAUGUAUUGUAAAAGUCAAGGAAAAACAAGAUGUUUCCUAGCAGGUGAUAUUCGAGUGAAUGAAAAUGCUGGUCUAGUUGUUAUGCAUACAAUUUGGAUGAGAGAACAUAAUAGAUUGGCACGAGCGCUUGCACAAUUGAAUCCGCAUUGGGAUGAUCAUCAACUCUUUGAAGAAGCUCGAAGAAUAGUGGGAGCAGAACUUCAGCACAUAACUUAUAAAGAACUACUACCAGCCAUACUGGGACAAGAUAUUAUUGAUAAGUUUGAUCUUCAGCCCCAAGGAAGCGGACACUACACAGGAUACGAUAUAAACAUCAACCCAGGAAUCUCAAACGCUGUGGCUUCUGCAGUUUUCUCAUUUUUAUUUUCGAUGAUGCCAUCCCAUUUCGAACUUUAUUCUCGUGAUUAUAAAAAAGUAGGUUCCAAAGCCAUGAGUGAAACCUAUUUCCAGCCAUCUGAUAUGUAUGAUCCAAACAAACUGAAUGAAUAUCUUCUCGGAUUGGUUAGUCAAAAAGCACAGAACCGGGAUGAGUUUAUAUCAAAGGAAAUGACUAACAACAUAUUUACAGAAACCAAUACAGGUGCUGGUACUGAUGUAGCAGCUUUGACAAUUCAACAAGGUCGAGAUCAUGGCAUACCUGGAUAUACGCAUUGGCGGAAAUUUUGUCGCCUAGAUCCAAUAACCAACACUUUUAAUGAUUUAAGAGCUGUUAUGGCCAGUGAUACAAUCGAAAGACUUUCUAAAACAUACAAAAGCGUACAUGAUAUUGAUCUUUUUACUGGAGGUUUAGCUGAAACUCCUCUGAACGGAGCUGUUAUUGGGCCUACUUUUGCAUGCCUGUUGGGAAGACAAUUUCACUAUCUUCGAAGAGGAGAUCGAUUUUGGUAUGAGAAUGAUAUACCUCCCUCAUCUUUUACAAAAGAGCAACUGACAGAAAUUAGAAAAAGCACGCUGGCUCGUAUUUUAUGUGACAACGCAGAUUCGGCUGAUUUUAUGCAGCCAUCAGCUAUGUACGUCAGCGAUCCGUUUUUAAAUGCCUAUCAAACUUGCAGUUCCGCUGACAUACCUGUUAUGGAUUUAAGCAAAUGGGAGACAGUAUCUCCUCGAUUUCAAGUAUCUUCAAGCACUCUAAAAGAAUCUUUAUCUCGAGCAAAAAGACAAGCGGCUGAAUUAUUGGAGACAGAAAAAAUUUCUAUUAGCAAAAAGAAUGGUUUGGCUGAUAGUAAAAGUCCCCAAGCAGCUCAUUUAAGUUUCUUGCGACCGAAGCGUCAAGCACAGCUCAUAUCGAAUCAAUCCGUUGUGUUGGAAUUCGCAUCUCAAACAUUUGCAAAUAACUACCUCAAUCGUGAUCAAAGAGAUGCAGAGUUUGGAUAUUCUCUGAAUUCCGUCCAAGAACUAAUGUCUGCUUUACCAAAUGUGGAUGUAACAGAUAUGUUAGAUAUUCCCAAAGUAUUUGAUUGUGAUGAUCAAACUCUUCCUUGUGAUCACACCACUAAAUUUAGAACGAUAACAGGAUGGUGCAAUAAUCUCAACAAUCCAGAAUUAGGGAAGAGUAUGAGAAUAUUUUCACGACUGCUUCCACCAGUAUAUGGAGAUGACAUGAGUUCUCCUAGACUAACAGGCCGUUCUGGAAAAUUGCUGCCAAGUGGACGUGCAAUAUCCACGCAAGUGCACUACGAUGUUCGAGCACCACAUGUACGGUAUUCUUUGAUGGUUAUGCAAUGGGGACAGUUUGUGGACCAUGAUAUGACAUUUACACCCAUGAAUACUGCAAGUGGUCUUCCCUUAAAUUGUGCUGAUUGUGAAUCAGCAAAGAAUAUUCAUCCUGAGUGCCUACCUAUUACAAUACCGCCUAAUGAUCCAUUUUAUCCACCAAUUAACAAAACUACUGGGCGACCAUCUUGUAUUUCUUUUGUGCGAUCAUUGGCAGGGCAGCUGACAUUAGGCCGCCGUGAACAGAUGAACCAAGUAACAGCUUUUGUAGAUGCAUCUGGAGUAUACGGAUCAGAUCGUUGUGAAGCUCGAAUGCUGCGAACAUUUAUUGGAGGCAAACUUAAUGUUACCAGGCAUCCUCAGGGAGCUAAAGAUCUCUUACCUCAAACCAGUAACCAUAAAGAUUGUGUUGCACCUUCUGGUCAUUGCUUUGAAGCUGGAGAUUCAAGAGCAAGUGAGCAACCUGCAUUGGCAGCAAUGCAUACAAUUUUUAUGCGUGAGCAUAAUAGAAUUGUAACGCAACUGCAAAGAAUCAAUCCUCAUUGGAGCGAUGAAAUGAUAUAUCAGCAUGGUCGAAGAAUUCUAUCAGCUGUUAUGCAGCACAUUACCUACAAUGAAUUCACGCAGAGAAUUUUGGGAAAAAGUUUUUCAAAUAAAUACGAUUUGCAUCCACAGGUAGAGGGAUACUUCGAGGGAUAUGAUUCUAAAUGCAAUCCUACAAUCUUCAACGAAUUUGCUGCUGCUGCAUUUAGAUUUGGACACAGCCUUUUAAAACCAGUCUUUGAUAGAUUAGAUAGAGGAUAUAGAGUGCUGAGUGAACCACUACAUUUAAGAAAAAGUUUCUUCAAUUCAGAUAUGCUAUAUACUCAAAAUGCUAUUGAUCAUAUUCUGAGGGGUCUUGUUACUAGUAGUAUGGAAACUUUAGAUCAUUCUAUUACGGAAGAAGUUACCAAUCAUCUUUUUGAGCUUAAAGAUAAACCGUUUUCUGGAAUGGAUCUUGCUGCUCUGAAUGUUCAGCGAGCCAGAGACCACGGGGUACCAGGAUACAACGAAUAUCGCCAAUUUUGUAAUCUUACUAAAGCUAAAUCCUUUGAUGAUUUGACUAAAGAAAUACCUGCUCAUAUCGUUGAUAGAUUAAGAAAUGUUUAUGACAAUGUUGAUGAUAUUGAUCUUUUCUCUGGCGGCUUGGCGGAAAAAGCACUUCAUGGGGGAUUAGUCGGACCAACAUUUGGAUGUAUUAUAGCUAAACAAUUUUCAUUGCUAAAAAAAUGUGAUAGAUUCUGGUACGAAACAUCUAAUCCAUUGAUAAGAUUUACAGAAGCACAAUUGACUGAAAUCAGAAAAGUUUCAUUAUCAAAAAUUCUAUGUGAUAACGCCGAUACAAUUGAGAGUAUUCAACGACAAGCUUUUGAUUUGCCUGAUCCUUUUAUGAAUCCCCGAGUUUCUUGUAGUAGCUUGACAUCUAUUGAUUUAGAGCAAUGGAAAGAAAGAGUUUCAUGUACUGUAGGAAAAGUGACUAUAGAUGUUGGAUCAGCAGAUAGAAUAUCACCAUGUGUCAUGUGCACAUGCACGAAAGAAGGGCCCAUCUGCCAAUCUUUAAGGAUCAAUAAUUGCAUUCAUCUUGCUAGUACCUAUUCCAAAGAAUCUGUACUAAAUGAUCACGUGUGUAAAGUACAGUGUGCUUUUGCUUUCCGUGCUCUUCCACAAGUUGACGCUGUGAGGAAUUCUCGUACUUCGGGAGGAAGAAAUGUCUUAGGAUUUAGUACUUGAGGAGGAUUUAGUACUAAAGUACUACUUAGGAUUUAGUACUAAAGUACUACUUAGGAUUUAGUACUAAAGUACUACUCAGGAUUUAGUACUAAAGAUACUGUAAAAUUGUUGAAUGAUCUGUAGAGAUUUGUUGCAAUGAAAAUUGUUGAAACUUGCCAAAAUGACUACUUCAUUUCUUCAUCCUGAAAAUGUGGAUAUGGUUCAUAGCAUUUGGCUUUCAUAUUGUGAUACUUUUCAUAAGAAGAUGUUUUUGUACAUUGCUAAAUAUUUCGCCAAAAACUCAUGAAUGAUAUUUAUUAUUGACGAUUCAUUAUUAUUGAUUUUUUUAUUGAUCAUAUUGAUUUUCAUUGCUGUUUCUAGAUCAUUGGCUUUGUUAUAUAUUCAUCCCUUUAAUUCUUCAUUGACUUAAUUAUGAGAAUGCUAGAAAACUGUUUAUUGAAAAGAAGAGUAGUGUAAAUUUUUAAAAAAGCUAUAUACUAUGUUAAUUAGUUGUUUUUGCUAUAAAAGUUGACGUCAAAAUUUCCAAAAUUGUGAUUACUGAAUAUUUGAUUAAUUUGUUUAGAAUGGUAAAAAAUUUAAUUGUUACAUUGAAGUAAAUUUAAAUCGAACGAAAGUUUUUGCUAUAUUUAUGACUGUUUUCAAUGUUUAGUUAGUAAAUUAUUAUUUUUUAAGUAACAGGAUUACGAAAUUAAAUUAUUGUUAUAUGGAUUUUUUUUUAAUAAAAUUUAUUUGGGUGUGUUAUAGAUUUAAUGAGGUUAUUUAAUAACGUACUGUUAAAAUGUGUAACACAUUAACGCAAAUUUACAAUAGAAUUUGAUUUUUCUGAUUGAAGAACGUAUUACUUUUGUAUAUUCUUAAUUAUUGUUUUGGAAAUAUUGAAAGAAAAAAAAUUAUAUCAGAAAUGUACGGUAAUGAAAAAAUAUUCUCAUUAAUGACAAAAUCUUCCUCUAAAUGAUAAAGUGUUCAUUGUAAUGACCAAAUAUUAAUUCUAAGAAGUAUUGUGAGAUAAAAUUUGUUGCAAAAAUGAUAAUGAAGACCUUUUCCUUACUGGCAAAAUUUUUACCAUUAAAAUUUUAU